AUGCCGGUGAAAAAGGAGAGCACCACGCAGACUUACAAGAGGAGAUCUAAGGGGCACAACAACAAGGAGAAGCGUUAUGAGUGCGACGUGUGUGGCAAGGCCUGGCAGAAACCGAGCAAGCUGGAGAUCCACCGGCGGGUGCACACGGGAGAACGCCCCUUCAACUGCUCGGAGUGCAGCAAGAACUUCACCCGUUACGCCAGCCUACUGCGGCACAACCGCGUGCACUCCGGCGAGAAGCCCUUCACCUGCUCCAACUGCGACAAAAGCUUCAAGACGACGCAAGAGCUGAAGAUCCACCAGCGGGUUCACACGGGCGAGAAGCCCUAUGGCUGCUCCACCUGCGGCAAGAGCUUUGCCCAGUUGUCGGGGCUGUUGCGGCACGGGCUGGUGCACAGCAGUGAGCGGCCCUUCACCUGCUCCGACUGCGGCAAAGCCUUCAAGUCGUCGCAGGAACUGAAGGUGCACAUGCGCCUGCACACCGGUGAGCGGCCCUUCACCUGCUCCGACUGCGGCAAAUGCUACAAGUCAUCCAAGGAACUGAAGGUGCACAUGCGCCAGCACAUGGGAGAGCGGCCCUACAUCUGCAGCGACUGCGGCAAAGGCUUCAAGUCGUCGCCCGAACUGAAGAUGCACAUGCGCCUGCACACUGGGGAGAGGCCCUUCACCUGCAGUGACUGCGGCAAGGGCUUCAUCCGCUCCGAUAGCCUGCUAGAGCACCAGCACACCCACACCGGCGAGCGCCCCUACACCUGCAGCGACUGCGGCAAGGGUUUCACCCGCUCCCACGGCCUGCUGGUUCACCAGCGCACACACUCUGACGUGCGUCCCUACACAUGCACCCAGUGCGGCAAGGGCUUCACCUGCUCCAACAGCCUGCUGCAGCACCAGCACAUCCACACCGGCGAGCGCCCCUACACCUGCGCCCAGUGUGGCAAGGGCUUCACCUGCUCCAACAGCCUGCUGCAGCACCAGCGCACCCACACCGGCCAGCACCCCUACACCUGCACCCAGUGCGGCAAGGGCUUCACCAAGUCCACCAGGCUGCUGUCUCACCAGCGCACCCACACCGGCGAGCGUCCCUUCACCUGCACCCUGUGUGGCAAGGGCUUCACCCACUCCACCAGCCUGCGGGAGCACCAACGCAUCCACACCGGCGAGCGCCCCUACACCUGCACCCAGUGUGGCAAGGGCUUCACCCGCUCUAGCAGGCUGCUGUCCCACCAGCGCACCCACACCGGCGAGCGUCCCUACACCUGCACCCAGUGCGGCAAGGGUUUCACCAGCUCCACCAAGCUGCUGGAGCACCAGUCGAUGCACUCCGGUGAGAGGCCCUUCAGCUGUUCCGACUGUGGCAAAGGCUUCAAGACAACGCAAGAGCUAAAGAUCCACCAGCGGGUGCACACGGGCGAGAAGCCCUAUGGCUGCUCCACCUGCGGCAAGAGCUUUGCCCGGUUGUCGGGGCUGUGGGUACACCGGCGGGUGCACAGCAGUGAGCGGCCCUUCACCUGCCCCGACUGCGGCAAAAGCUUCAAGUCGUCGCUGGCACUGAAGGUGCAUAGACGCCUGCACACCGGGGAGCGGCCCUACACCUGCAGCGACUGCGUCAAGGGCUUCACCCGUCUCAGCAGCCUGCUGGCUCACCGGCGCACCCACACCAGCGAGCGCCCCUUCACCUGCAGCGACUGCGGCAAGAGCUUCACCCAGUCCAGCAACCUGCUGGUGCACCAGCACACCCACACCGGUGAGCGCCCCUACACCUGCGCUAAGUGUGGCAAGGGCUUCACCCGCCCCAACAGCCUGUUGUCCCACCAGCGGGUGCACGCUGGAGACGGUCCCAUCCCCAGCCCGGUGUGUGCAGAGCGCUUUGCCAUGGCCUCGCACACCCUGUCUCACCAGCACGUGCACACCAGUGGCCAGCCCUACGACUGCCCGUACUGUGGUGAGGCAUUUGACAGCUCGCGGGGGUUGCGGCAGCACCGGCGGGCCCACGCCGGCGAGUAGCUGCUCCCACUGUUACAA